CCACUGGCUGGAGCUCGGUUUUCUUUUUCUGUUUCUUCUUCUGCUCUUGUCAGGCCGGGCCAAGGUGUCUCUCGCACGGCGGGCGAGGGCAGCCGGUCUCGGGCCGGGCCCUGACUGAGGUGGCGGGGAGUGGGCCGCGCGAGCCGCAUAUGAGUGGAUGGAGCCGGGCUCUGGGCUGCAGCGGAGGGGGCCGGGGCUCGGCGGCGGAGGCGGCGGCGGCGGGCUGGGCUCGGCCGGGGUCUCUCCGGCGCUAUCGGGGCCUCAGGGCCGCCGCAGGAAACAGCCGCCGCGGCCGGCCGACUUCAAGCUUCAGGUGAUCAUCAUCGGCUCGCGAGGCGUCGGCAAGACCAGCCUGAUGGAGCGCUUCACGGACGACACUUUCUGCGAGGCCUGCAAGUCCACCGUAGGUGUUGAUUUUAAAAUCAAAACAGUAGAACUAAGAGGAAAGAAAAUUAGAUUACAAAUCUGGGACACAGCAGGUCAAGAAAGAUUCAACAGUAUUACCUCAGCUUAUUACAGAAGUGCCAAGGGAAUAAUAUUGGUAUAUGACAUCACAAAGAAGGAGACAUUUGAUGAUUUGCCAAAAUGGAUGAAAAUGAUUGAUAAGUAUGCCUCAGAAGAUGCAGAGCUACUAUUGGUUGGAAAUAAGUUAGACUGUGAAGUGGACAGAGAAAUUAGUCGGCAACAAGGAGAAAAAUUUGCUCAGCAGAUAACUGGGAUGCGUUUUUGUGAAGCUAGUGCCAAGGAUAAUUUUAAUGUGGAUGAAAUAUUUUUAAAACUAGUUGAUGACAUUUUAAAAAAGAUGCCUUUGGAUGUAAUAAGAAAUGAAUUGUCCAACAGCAUCCUGUCCCUACAGCCAGAACCAGAGAUUCCACCAGAACUGCCUCCUCCAAGACCUCAUGUCCGUUGUUGCUGACUUGCUAUUGCUUGCCGCAGAAUGGAAAAGAUGACAAGCAAAAAGAAAGGGAGAAAGCUGUCUCAUUCUGUACUACAAUCAUAUGGCUGUUGUUUGUUGCACUUUGAUUCAGAGUCAGAGCUACACACUAAUUUGUAAAUAUGCAGAUAUGCAAACUAGAUAGGAUAAGACUGUAACUGGUUAAAUAUUGCUCUUUCCACACUUUUUUUCACUUCUCUUUUCUCAGCCCUAUAAAUAUUGUACAAUUUGGUGGGAAACACAGUACAGCACUCCCAAACCUAGGAUGUAAGAAAUUAAAUGCAUACUUAAUUAUCCUCAACAUAAAUGUUGUAAUAGUCCUCAGCAUAAACAGAAUCUCUUAGUAUAUGGUGCUUUGAUAGUUUUUUAAAAAAAAUAUUUUAAAUUUCAACUCGACAUAUAUAAAGCUUUCUAAAGCAGCAUUAUCUCUUAUAAAUUCAAAUAAAUUUCUGGUAAAACACUUAUGUGUAUGAUAAUUCAGAAGUAAGUUCUUGGUCCCUGGGUUCACAGGUUUAUUCUAUGGUAGGGAUCGAUAGGUUUGAAGCCUUUGAGUGCAGUCCAUCAAGUAUCAUAAUAGGCCUCCAAUCACUUCAACAGGUGAUUUCAGGCAGGUACUGCUGAAGUGAAGAUGG